GUUUAAUGCGUUUUCUCUCGCCUGCUAUCUCCCUGACCCUCUCCUCCUCCCACGUCCCUGUUUCGAGGUUCUCUCUCUCUCUCUCUCUCUCUCUCUCUCUCUACACGAACUCGUGCAUACUCACAGAGGUACACAAGGCUCAUGGCUACGUCACAUGGUAACAGCAGUGGCAAGAAACUCAUCCAAGUUGAUGUCAGUUCAGAUACAGUUUGUCCAUGGUGUUUCGUUGGAAAGAGAAAUCUAGACAAAGCCAUGGAUUCAUCAAAGGACAAAUUCGAUUUUAAGGUUAGAUGGCACCCAUUUUUUCUUAACCCUUCUGCUCCGAAAGAAGGUGUUCACAAGAGAGAAUACUACCAAAAAAAAUUUGGGCCCCAGAGUGAACAAAUCUUUGCUCGGAUGACAGAGGUAUUCAGAGGACUCGGGCUUGAGUAUGACACUUCUGGGCUUACGGGGAAUACUCUUGACAGUCAUAGACUCAUCACAUUUGCUGGCCACCAGGGCUUUGAUAAGCAGCAUGCUCUUGUUGAAGAGUUGUGUCUCGGAUAUUUCACACAGGGCAAGUAUAUUGGUGAUCGGGAAUUUCUUGUAGGGGCUGCUAAGAAGGCUGGAGUGGAGGGAGCAGCAGAGUUUCUUGAAGACCCAAAUAAUGGAGUCAAUGAGGUUAAUGAGGAACUGGGAAAAUAUUCAGCACACAUAACAGGUGUCCCAUAUUAUGUGAUUAAUGGAAAACUGAAGUUGAGUGGUGGCCAACCACCUGAGGUCUUUCUGAGAGCUUUUGAAAAGGCGGCAGCUGAUGCUUUCUAACCUGUGCUGCUCUUGUUCUUAGGAUAUCCGUGCUUUUCUCACAUCAUGAAAGGAAAAAUAGUUUUGUUGAUUUGUGAAAAAGAAAAAGUUAUAAGAAUAAGUAAAUAAAUGGCUUGUUGACACUUAUUUCAUCUAUGAAUUCAUCUAUAAAUUCCUCCCUAAAAUUUAUAAUGGUGUAUUCUGUGACAGUUGAGAAGUUGGAACUUAAAUAAAUGAUAGUAACAAGUCCAUUAAUAAUUUA